AUGUCUGCCGACGAACUCAAGAAGCUCGAACAAGAGCUCAAGGAACGUGAGUCCCUCCUCCAGGCUCGCCAAGCCGAACUCGACCGCCGCCUCGCCGAGAUGGGCAAAAGCGUCGACAAUACUGCACCCACCCCAAACCCUAACCCCACUCCCUCCUCCUACGUCGCCUCCAUCAAAAGCCAUGUCCCUGUCACUCUUGAUCUACAGGAAUCCAACUACGCCAAGUGGCGGGAACUCUUCCUCGUCGCGCUCGGGCGCUAUGGCCUCACCGCCCACGUCCUCGGCACCGACGGAGCCACGCCAUCAGACACGUCGCCCACAUCUGAUUGGGCACGGGACGAUUACACCGUCCUCUCCUGGAUCUAUGGCUCGAUCUCCUCCAAGCUCCUCGGCAUCAUCAUGGCCCCUGGCUCCACGGCGCGGCAAAUCUGGGACGCGCUGGCCAGCCUCUUCCACGACAACAAGAAAAGCCGCGCUCUCGCCAUCGACGCGGAGUUCCGCAACACCCCGCAAGGCGACAUGAGCGUCCACGACUACUGCUCCAAACUCAAGUCCUUCGCCGAUGCCCUCGCCGAUGUCGGCCAGCCAGUCUCCGACGAAACCCUCGUCCUCACGGUUCUCCGCGGCCUCAACGAGCAGUUCAGCAAUCUCCGCUCGUUCCUCCCGUACCAGGUGCCAUUCCCCACAUUUCUUCAAACACGUUAUGCUCUUGUUCUUGAGGAGGCGCAGAAGAAGACCGACGCCAAGAAUGCAGCCGCCUCCGCGCUCUGGGCCAGCGGCAACAGCAUCAACCCGCACGCUGGUGGCGAGCGUGCCCCUCCGGCUGGACGUGGCGGUGGCUCAGGCAGCACCGAUCCCCGUCCCCCUCCGCCCUACCAGCCUGGCCUCUACAUCAACUCUGGCCAUGGUGGGGGCUACGGUGGUCGCCGUGGUCGCGACGGUGGUCGUGGCCGCGGCCGCGACAGCAACUCUCCCUGGAUGUACAAUCCGUGGACCGGACUCCCAACUCGGGCCGCGCAGUAG